AAUUUUACGUCGUAAUGUCUCUAGAAGAUUAUUGUUGAUGCGCUCGAUUUUCGCCUAUCUAGUAGCGUUUGUUUUUAACAAAUUAUCAUCAGUUCAAAUGCCUAAUUGAUAUGAAAUUUUGUUACUCAAAUGUAAAAGAAAAAGGGACUUUUUAAUUAAUUAUUUCUUCAUCUCAACUAUUUAGGUUUGAAGGUCAGUGUUGUUUAUGAAUAGUGGGGAUGCAAAUUAAGCUUUGUGGCGAUGCAAAGAUUAGUGGCUAUACUGUCAUCUUUGUUUAUCACGAAAACUCCAUUUCUAUCACAGCCAUUAAAAACGGCUUGUGGCACACAUGGAUUCUGCGAAACUUGAUGAGUUAUGUGACCUCGUCAAGCAAACGCGUAACCAGUAUACACAGAAUCUGUCGGAGUCUUUUAGUUCUUCUGACCCAUCUAGCUGCUUUACUUUGAGAGAAGAGGGAGCAAAUUUAAAUUUCGUGUGGUCCAAAGAAAUUAAAAAAGGCAUUAAAAUCAUCUUCGGAUGUUUUCACUUACAACCUUCAUAUAAUCCAUUGGAAUCACUCAGCGAAUUAACGGGUUUAAUCGCAAAGAAUCUCAAAGAAUCGAUUUUAUGCUGCAGUUAUUUUGAGAGAGAAAACGAGAAGCUUAAGUCUUUGGCUGAUGUGUCCGUAAAGGUAUAAUGUAUCAUGCCUUAAUGGUUUUCAGAAAUAUGAAGAAGUGGUUUCUCAGAUAGAUGACAAAGAAAUUAUCCUACUGUCGAAGUUUUCAGCUGUUCUGAAUGAAAAGAAAAGAAAGUUAGAGAGCUAUAAAUGUCCAACUUAUGCUUUAAGUGAAGAUGACAAAACACCAGAUAAAUUGUCAUUACAGGAAGAUGUGGAUGAUUUAAUACCUUCCAAGGACCACAGGAAACUAAAACUUGUCAUGGGUCGUCGUAAAUGAAUGCUAAAUAAUUGUGAAUGUAUUAGUAUUGAGUUCCACCAUGAUGUUCUUCAAUGUAUCUUCUGCGAUUACCGCUCUGUCAAUAGAUUGUAUUUACUUACGUAACUGCCGUGCGAAGUUCUAGAUGUAUAUUUUUACAUCAUAAGAUGUCAUUCUACAUCAAGAAACUCUUUUCAUAUGUUUGUUUCCUAACUGUAACACACUUCUAGUGUUAUGCACUAAGAAAUAAUGGUUUGUGUCGGCAAUUUAAAUAAAAAAGCUAAUAUAACACUACAUUAUCUU